CAACUGUUUGAGCACACUAGACGUGUAUUUUAUUUGCUGCUCACGUUUCGUGUCGAAUCGACUUAAAAUUUUGCAAAAAUGCGUUACGUAGCUGCAUACCUGCUGGCGGUCCUGGGUGGCAACGCUGCCCCUUCCAACUCCGAUAUCGAGAAAAUCCUGAGCUCGGUCGGCAUUGAAGCCGAUUCCACCCGCGUGAGCAAGGUGGUGAACGAGCUGAAGGGCAAGUCGAUUGAGGAACUGAUUGCCUCCGGACGCGAGAAGCUGUCCUCGAUGCCGGCUGGCGGUGGUGGCGUUGCUGCUGCCCCUGCUGCUGCCGCUGCUGGAGGCGGUGCCGCCCCGGCUGCCGAGAAGAAGGAAGAAAAGAAGGAGGAAUCCGAGUCCGAAGACGAGGACAUGGGCUUCGGUCUUUUCGAGUAAAAGUUUAUUUCUACGUCACAUUUGCUGCUGUGCUAUAUCAUUCGGAUAUAGGUAUCAACAAAUCCAUACGUUUUGCAUCGUUACCGUGCGUACUAUGGUGUGGAAUGGGUAUUUUUGUACAAAAUAUGUGACUAAGAAAUAAAUUUUCAUUACGAGAAUUUUUGGAUA